AUGCCAUCAAAUUGUCGGGAAACCGAUGCGUCUUGCUUGGAAAUGAUCAGAUCGAUUAUUCGAACACAUGCUGAUGAGAACUUCAAAUGGGUUGAGGUGAGGAUUUGCGUAAUUGCGGAGUGUCGUUAGAAGUUACAAAAAAACGAAUUCCAGGUUUUCGUGGAUUUCGAAAACGCACAACCAACCGAAGAAGAGAUGGAAAUCUAUCAAAUGGCUGAAAACGUUCUGAUCGAUAGUGAAAGAGUCCUCGAAGAUGUGUCAAGUUAUGGAGAUGGAGCGUACCCAGAAAGAUCACAAUUAAAAAAUGACAGCGAUAUUGAAGCACUCAAAGUGCUAAUGAAAACCAUGGAGCCUCUGGUUGCAAGAACCAUCGGAUACUAUGAACACGCAUCAAAAAUCGAGAGAAUCGUUCCAGUUCUUCUUUGGGAGCUUAGCUCAGGUCCACUACCUUUGGAAGAACAAUUGGCGAAUAAGCAAUCGAUUGCCAAGCAAUUCGCAAGAAUAAUUGGAUUCGUGUUGGAUUUUGAUGUGCAGAAAAUGGGUUCUUCAGAAAUCAUCAAUGAUUAUAGUUAUUUUCGGAGAGUCAAACAUAUUGUAUACCAGGAUUUUGAUCAUUCGGCGGUCGAGUUCCCACAAGUUCAGAUGUUUUUAUGCGAGCAGAAUCCGAUGUUGAGGGCUUUGUGUAAUGGAGUUGAUUCGUAUAUGCAUGCACAUUCGACGAUUCCGGUUCAUAAUACUACUGAUGUUUUUGUCACUAUUAUUAAGUGAGUUUUUCAGUUUGAUUCAUCGAACGUUAAAAACGUUAAAAACCAAGAAAAAAAGUGAUUCGCGAACGGUAUUUUUAUUCAUUUUUUCACCAUUUUCGUAACACAUUUUUAAGAACACUAAAUGCGUUUUAGCUUCACUUUAUUCAGUUAAGAAUGUGUUGAGAAAAUGAUAAAAAUACCGUUCGUGAAUCCCUUUUUGGUUUUUUUAAACGUUAACGUUAGAAAAACGUUAAAUUAACGUUAUUUAACGAUGAUUUAACGUUUCUUAACGUUGAAAAUACCACAAAUAAUAAUCGAUUUUCCAGCGUUUGCCGCUUCAUGUUAUCCAACGAGGAAUGUUUAUCUCGACUCACUGAAUCAUCAAAACAUCUAUGCUGCCGAGUUAUGACUGGAUUGGUUAUUUUAUACGACCAUGUUGAUCAAAAUGGAGCUUUUGUUCAAAAUUCACCGAUUGAUAUGAGAGAUGUUGUGAGGUUGAUCAAAGCGAAUAGUGCGCAGGAGAAGGUUAGUAACCUAUUAGAAAAAAAAACUUACCCUAACUCCAAACAAUUUAGGCUAAUUGUCUUCUCGCUGGCCUUCGCUUCACCACAAAACACUUCAACGAUCCAACAACACCAAAAUCGUUGCGUCAACUUAUUGCAACUCGUUGA